AUGUCUCAACUAGACUGGCUGGACGGAUGGAGUUACAUCCCCAAACAAAUGACAGUCCUCGUGCAGGUGAUCCCAGACCAUGCUGAACAGGAGUGGCACCCAAAGCGCCCAGAUCUGUAUGCUGGAAUUUUUCACUUCCGUUUCUGGCGACUGGGCCAGUGGACAGAUGUCGUGGUCGAUGACCGUUUACCAGUCAGUGAGGAUGGAGCGCUGCUCUUCUGCCGUUCUGCAACUCCACGGGAGUUCUGGAGCGCUUUGUUGGAGAAAGCUUAUGCCAAGCUAAAUGGGUGUUAUGAGGCUUUAGAGGGAGGUAAUACAGCCGAAGCCCUAGUUGAUUUUACUGGUGGCAUCUCUGAACCAUUGAAUUUGAACCAGGAGGAACUGAUCCAGCAUGCUGACCAGAGAAAAAUGCUGUUCCAGACACUAGCACACGCACAUAGCCAUAAAGCGCUCAUCACCUGUUCCAUUCGGCCAGCAGAAGGAGAGCAGGUAGAAUCAGUUCUGGACUGUGGACUGAUAAAGGGUCAUGCAUACGGUGUGACUGCAUUCAAAAAACUUCGUAUGUCAGAGACUCUGAAUGGCAUGUGUACUGCAACUCGUUUGCACAUGGUCCGGAUGAGGAACCCUUGGGGCACAGCAGACUGGACAGGAGUGUGGAGUCUUGGUUCUCCUCAGUGGCAGCAGCUAAGCCGCAGAGAACGUGAGAAGAUGGGCCUUGUUGUCCGAGAUGUUGGAGAGUUUUGGAUGGAGUUUGAGGACUUCUGCCGUUACUUCACAGACAUGGUGGUUUGCAGGUUGGCGGAAAAAUCCCUCCUCUGGCCACAGACCCACUGGAGGGAGGUGUGCUGCCAGGGUGCUUGGACUUAUGCAUCUGGGAUCCAACCUCCUCCCUCAUCUUCUUGUCAUCUAAACAUCAAGAACCAGAGGCCUUCAACCGGGCUCCAAUGGUCCAAACAAAGGCCAGCUCAAAGACGAGACAAAAAGGAACAAAGACUGAGUGAAAGGCAGAAGGAGGGACAAAUCCAAGGACAAAAACAGAAAAAGAAAGAAGAAGUAAAACCAAAGCAAAUUAAGGGGAGAAGGGAGCAUGUGAAAAAACAGGCAGAAGGCACGGAGAUGAGAUGGGAGAGGCAAAUUGACAGAAGAAGUCGAUGUGGAGGAUGUAUCAAUCACAGAGACACAUUUCUAUACAACCCACAGUUCCUUUUUGAACUGACUGGAGAUGGGGCAGAGGUGUUGAUAUGUUUGCAACAGGAGGACAAGAGGAUGAAAAGGAGGGAGGGAAGUGGGGAGAACUUACCAAUCGGCUUUGAGGUUCUAAGGGUGGAGGUGAAUCGUGUUUGUCGUGUACAGUGUUUAUAUGAGCAGGCUGCUAGCUCUGUGUAUAUGGACUCCCGUAGCGUUACUCUGCGAGUGACUCUUGGCCCUGGACGCUACAUCAUCCUCCCCACUACUUUCCUGCCUGGUGCAACUGGUCGGUUCCUUCUGCGUUUUUUCUCACACUCACAUGUACGCCUCAGGGAGUUGAAGGAAGAGCUGCCUGCUCCUUCAUUGUGGCAGUGUUGUUUUCCUGAGCCCAGUGCUGUAACGACAGUCCAUCUGCUCAAAGCCUCUGGCCUUAGCCAUCCCAAACAAACAGCUCCUGAUGUAUAUGCUGUCAUCCGUUGCGAGGAAGACUCUGUAAGGACUACAAUUUUUAAAAAAGAUGGAAGUCCUGAAUUCAACACCAAGGCCAUCUUUUAUAGCAGGAACCCAAAGUCCAAAAUAUCCAUCGAGCUGUGGAAAAGAGGUUUGCUGUUGGACACAUUCCUGGGUGGAGCACAAAUUCAGACAGGAGGACAUGAGCGCUGUCAAAACAGAGUGAUUGACUUGCAAGGUGGCCAAUCGCGAGGCUGUGUUUUUAUAGAGACUUCCUCCAGCCAGUGCCUGACAGAGCUGUGACCUAGUCAAGGUAAUGACUGAUGAUAUAUCAUCAAUGGACUGAACAUCAGAAACAACUACAUUUCUGCCAUGCUUCAGCAUAGAAUGGCAAUCUUCUGGAGCAACCUGGGGUUAUGUGCUUUGCUCAAGGGCACAAUGGUGCUGGAUGAAAUUCAUUGCAUCUGCUGGACAGAUAAUGAAAAAUA